AUGACCGAUUCGGAAAGUGAUAAAUCCACAUUUACGGGUCAACCAACACCUGCUGAGGUGACUUUAGCCGAUGUCUCAGCAGUGGUGUCAUAUAUUAAGCAGAUGUGUUUUAACAUAGAUUCUGCCCUUUUGGAUGAAGCCAUUUCGCAGGCUUCCGCAAUUGAAUGUAUUCAGAAAUUAAUCAGCGAUCCCCAAGUUGGCAUGAUUGUUGUCGAUCGUAUAGUCACUAGAGAUACAAAUCCGGAAGAUACAGCUGAUGAAAGUAGCGCAGUGUUGAGGAUCUCGAAUGGAAUGUGUAAGCGUACUGAGCGAACAUCAUCACUCCUUGUUCUCAAAGCUGGUGCGGUUAUCGAGGCUGAUAAAUCUGUCGAGGAACAGCUCUUCGUUGUCAAAGUUCCAGAAAGUAAUCCAUAUGAUGUGUUGCUGUCGAUAUUUGGCAAAAUUGGUACACCUUUCUUCAAAUCGCUGGUUAAAGAGUCAGGAAGGGGAGAACGAGAUGGUGAUAAGCUUGCUUUGUCAGUUGAAAAGAACCUCAGCGAGGUUGAAGUGGCAUUGCUGCAUAUGCAACAAAAUAUCGAUAUUCCCGAAAUAAAUCUCGUCAUCCAUCCGCUUAUUCAAAGCGUUAUUCAAAAAGCAACUGAAGAAGGUCGCAAGGCUCGUGUAACAGAUCUAGGAGAUAAUGUUGAGAAUUCAGUCUUUUUGAAUGCGCUUCAGAAGGGUGUUAGCAGGUGGAUUAAAGAAAUACAAAAGGUAACGAAAUUGGAUCGGGAUGCAGGUUCCGGUACUUCAUUACAAGAGAUGACGUUUUGGUUGAAUCUUGAAAGAGCGCUAUACAAAAUCGCACAAAAACGAGAAUCCGAUGAAGUUAUAUUAACACUUGAAGCGUUGAAAUGUGGUAAACGAUUUCAUGCGACUGUUUCGUUUGAUACAGACACUGGUUUGAAACAAGCAAUGGCGAUGGUGAAUGAUUACAAUGUGCUAAUGAAAGAUUUACCGCUGAAUGAGCUGAUGGCUGCAACUGAUAUGGAUGCGAUACGUAUUGCAUUGGUCAACAUAUUUCUACAUAUGAAAAAAUUACGUAAUACCAAAUAUCCAAUUCAAAGAGCGUUGCGUUUCGUUGAAGCCAUUUCAAAGGAUGUUUACACUCAAAUGCUAAAGGUGCUCGGUACGAGACGUCUCAUGAACAUACCUCUCAAUGAUUUCGAUGCAUUAAUGACACAGUGUUUUGCUGUAUUCGUAACGUGGAAUGAUGAGUACGAUAAACUAUCAACGUUAAUGCGUGAUUUGUCGAAGAAAAAACGUGAUGAACAACUCAAAUUGACGUGGCGUAUCAAUCCACAACACAAAAAACUUGAAGCGAGACUCGACCAAAUGCGACAAUUCAGGCGUCAGCAUGAACAGUUACGCACAGUAAUAUCACGAGUGUUGCGUCCAGCAGGUGGAAGUAUUCACAGUGAUACGGUGAAUGCAGAAGGUGAUGUUGAGAAGACAGCAGCAAUGAAUGGUGCUGAUUUGAGUGCUAUCGAACAGGUGAAUAUUGCUUAUGAGAAUGUCAAAGAAGUGGACUGUCUUGAUGUGAGCAACGAUGGAACCGUUGCUUGGGAAGCAGCAAUCAGAAGAUAUGAAGACCAAAUUGAUCGAGUUGAAACUCAAAUAACAGCGCGUUUACGUGACCAGUUGGGUGGUGCAAAAAAUGCCGAUGAAAUGUUUACGAUAUUCCAACGUUUCAACGCAUUAUUCGUACGACCGCACAUUCGUGGUGCGAUUCGUGAGUAUCAGGCACAGCUCAUUCAACGAGUCAAAGAGGAUAUCGAUCAGUUACAAAUUCGCUUUACAAAUUUUUCGGAAUCGUCAAAUGAACGCAGUCUGAGUAUGAUUGACAUUCCACCGUUUUCCGCAUCAAUAAUCUUCAUUCGACAAAUUGAUCGUAAACUAACACAGUAUAUGAAACGAAUUGAAGAUGUAUUGGGACGAGGCUGGGAGAAUCAUGUUGAAGGUCGUCGCCUGAAGCAGGAAGGUGAUAAUUUCCGUCAAAAAUUGAACACACAGCCCAUCUUCGAGGAGUGGAUUGCAAAAGUUCAGUCAAAGAAUAUUUCGCUUACGGGUCGAGUUUUCUCCAUCGAAAAACGUCAAAAAGAUGGUCGUAUUGCAUUGAAACUUAAAGUUAAUUUCUCACCAGAUGUUGUUACGCUUUUUAAAGAGGUUCGAAAUCUAAAACAUAUGGGCUUCCGUAUUCCUCUAAAGAUUGUCAAUACAGCACAUCAAGCAAAUCUUUUAUAUCCAUUUGCCAUAUCACUUCUUGAAUCGUUGCGAACGUAUGAUUCCAUUAAUGAGCGUAUCCAAGGAAAAGAGGGUAUCAAUCUACUGAUCGCUUCAUGCAAAAAGGACAUACAGAAUCAACUUGCUGAGGGUAAUACCUUGCAAUGGGAAUCAUAUAAGAUGGAUCCUUAUGUGGUGAAGCUAUCUGAAACCAUAAGUAAUUAUCAAGAAAAAGUGGAAGAAUUGGAUAUGGUGUUGGAUAGAAUCGAGGUCGAUCUAGCCGCACUGGACACAUGUCAGUAUUCAUCAGCCACCAUCGCUGCGCUCUUAUCAUCAAUUCAAAAAGCUGUCGACCAACUUUCCCUUGGCAAUUACUCGAAUUUACAUUAUUGGGUUGAGAGCAUCGAUAAAAGGAUCGAGAAGAAAUUAGCGUCACGAGUGGAGGAAGCAAUCCGUUUAUGGACGUUAGUGCUAACGCAUGAAGAAGUGGAUGAUGAAAGUGAAGAAAAGGUUCUCUUGCCAGCGUUACAACCGAUCGUUCUGGAGAUGCGUGUCACUUCGCAGGUGAUGUAUGUGAGUCCGAGUAUUGAGCAGGCUCGAGCUCAUCUACUGGAUCAACUUCUUGCGUGGCAAUCCAUUGUUAUCAGUCAACCAAGAAUAUCCAGUACCAGAUUCCAGUUGGCUCUUGUUCGGGACAGCACAGACACGACAUAUCGUGAUGUGUUAGCACGGUUACCACAAGGUCAAAAGAUAUUAGAACAAGCUUAUACAGCUGUUGAGAAGGUGAUCAAGGAAGUUGCAGAGUAUGUUGGUGAAUGGCUGCGAUAUCAGGCCUUAUGGGAUUUGCAACCGGAUUUGUUGUAUGAACGUUUGAGUAAUGAUGUGUCGAAAUGGAUGAAAACGUUAGUGGAGAUUCGCAAAUCACGAUCAACGUUCGAUACACAAGAAACAAGAAAAGAAAUAUUCCCAGUAGUUGUUGAUUAUGCAAAAGUGCAGUCGAAAGUAUCGUUGAAGUACGACUAUUGGCAUCGUGAAAUCCUGCAGAAGUUCGGCACAUCUGUUGGUCAGGAAAUGCAAACAUUCUUCUCGGAGAUUUCGAAAUGGCGGCAUGAACUCGAAGAACAAAGUGUUGAUAGUGGCACGACGAGUGAUGCGAUUCAGUUGAUCACUUAUGUUCAGCAGCUCAAAAAGAAAACCAAAACAUGUCAAGAAAGGGUUGAACAGUUUCGUGCCGCACAGCGUUUACUCACCCAUCAACGUUAUCAGUUCCCAUCAGCUUGGUUAUAUUCGGAGCAUAUUGACGGUGAAUGGUCGGCCUUAAGUGAUAUAUUGGAACGUAAAGAUUCUGCAAUCCAAGCACAGGUAGCGAAUCUACAGUCAAAGAUCAAGGAAGAGGAUGAGUUGGUCGAGAAAAGAACUGAGGAUGUUCUCGGUGAGUGGGACAAAGCGAAGCCGAUUAAGGGAUCGCAAAAACCGACGGAUGCAUUGGCCUCGUUAGCGGCGUUCGAAGCAAAACUGAAUAAAGUGAAAGAGGAUCGUGAGAAUAUGGUAAAAGCAAAAGGUGCUCUUGAGAUGAACGAGCCGAUCGUUGCUGGCUCACACGCUGCCAAGCUUGACGUUGCUGUCGAGGAACUGAGCGAUCUCAAAGGUGUGUGGCAGUCACUGACACCACUCUACAAUGCAAUUGAAGAAAUGAAGGAAAAAACUUGGUUAUCGGUACAGCCACGUAAGCUGCGUCAAAAUCUUGACGAAUUAUUAGCCCAGUUGAAACAACUUCCGGCCAAGUACCGUUCCUAUGAAUCCUAUGAUUAUGCCAAGCGAAUGAUGCAUAACUAUUCAAAGAUGAAUAUGAUUGUGGUUGAAUUGAAAUCUGAAGCAUUGAAAGAGCGUCACUGGAAGCAGUUGAUGAAAGAGUUGAGAGUGUCGUGGAACAUCUCAGAGUUAACGCUUGGUCAAGUUUGGGACGCUGAUUUACUGCGCUAUGAAUCAGCCAUUAAGCAAGUUCUUUUAGUUGCACAAGGUGAACUAGCCCUUGAGGAGUUCCUGAAACAGGUACGUGAGUAUUGGCAAUCGUUUGAAGUGGAUUUAGUGAAUUAUCAGAAUAAAACAAAAUUAAUUCGUGGUUGGGAUGAGCUGUUCAACAAACUCAAAGAACAUAUGAACUCGUUAACGGCUAUGAAAUUAUCACCUUAUUAUAAGCAAUUCGAAGAGGAUGCGUUGGCAUGGGAAGAAAAAUUGAAUAAAAUUAGUGCAUUAUUUGAUGUAUGGAUCGAUGUUCAACGUCGAUGGGUCUAUCUGGAGGGUCUUUUCUCGGCAUCGGCUGAUAUCAAAACUUUGUUACCAGUUGAAUCAGCUAGAUUCGCAAGUAUUUCAACAGAAUUUUUGGCACUGAUGAAAAAAGUGACAGCAGCACCACGUAUUCUUGACGUUGUGAAUAUGCAAGGCGCACAACGAGUUUUGGAGAGACUUGCUGAUAUGUUGUCGAAAAUACAAAGAGCUCUUGGCGAAUAUUUGGAACGAGAAAGAAGUUCAUUCCCAAGAUUUUAUUUCGUUGGUGAUGAAGAUUUACUCGAAAUUAUGGGGAAUAGUAAGGACAUAACACGUUUACAAAAACAUCUCAAAAAAAUGUUCGCUGGAAUAACAUCUAUCGAUGUUGACGAGGAGAAUCUCUUGGUAACUGCACUGAAUAGUCGUGAGGGCGAACGAGUGCAACUGGUGAAGCCGGUCAGCAUUAAGGAAAAUCCGCGAAUCAACGAGUGGUUGCGUUUAGUUGAAAACGAAAUGCAAAAUACAUUAGCUCAUUUGGCCACAGAAGCGUUGAAUAAUUUCUCGAAGAUGGACGUUAUGACGGUGGAACCGCAACAUUUUAUGGAUUGGUUAGACCAGUAUCCGGCGCAAGUGAUCGAUUUAGCAGCAAAUAUAUGGUGGUGUGCUCAAGUGGAGAAGAGAUUAUCGGAAGGAAAAACCGUCGAAGACGUUGAAAAUACGGUCGAUACGGCGUUGGCGCUGCUCGCCGAUAGUGUUCUGCGAGAGCAACCGCCAAUAAGACGAAAGAAAAUCGAAUCACUUAUCACAGAGUUUGUGCACAAACGAGACAUUUGUCGCGGUUUAGUGGCCAAUAAAGUGACAUCGUUAACGAGUUUUUAUUGGCUUCGAUGUAUGCGUUUCUAUUUGGAUUCUCGUCAAGCCGAUCCUCGCCAGUGCUGUAACGUUCGGAUGGCUAACGCACAAUUCCCAUACGGUUUCGAAUAUCUCGGUAUACAAGAAAAACUUGUGCAAACACCACUAACUGAUCGAUGCUACUUAACAAUGACACAAGCACUUCAUUCAAGGUUUUUUUAUAAAUGCUUUUGA